UUACGUUUUGGAUAACAUGUUCCUUGAUAGCGUGGAACCAAUAAAACAGUAUCUGGUGGAAACGCGUGUGAAGGAUGUUAAAUGACAUUUGUUACCGACAGCGACGUAUUUGGUUUUCUCUAGGAUUGCUUAUAAGCUGCAUUAGAAUAUUUCCGCAAGCCAACAUGAUCAGAAAUUCUUUCUCAGUGAUGCUUGAAAACUAUGUGAUAAUCCCAAACAUCUACUGUUUUCUGACAAGAUCCACAGUUUCCACCAGGGAUCAAAGUUGGCGAACGAGUCAGUUCGUUACUGCAUUCAUUUUGGAUCAGCACACACUAGUUGGCAAAAAUCGAACCUUGCGAUUCGCUGGUAGACACCUGCCGAGAAAUUACGACGCCAAUAUCCACGUUCCCUCUCAACAUGAUUGCCUAUUUCUAUUAGCAGCAAAUAUGCAGCAUGGGACGCAGCCUACAACUGGAUUAUUCAACCGGAAAAAUCAACCAAAUCAUUCUGGUAGUCAGCCAUCUAUUUUUAGCCCAUUGUCUCUCGUCGGUCAUUUGGAAGGUUCACCAAUAAAGACGACUGAAGUCUCUGUCUCAAAUCAUCGGAAUGAACCUUGUUUCGACCCGCGUGAUCCAGUACGCAUCGUAGCACAAGCGCACACCAAUGCGAGUAUUCGGUGCACGGUACAUAACAGCAAUUUUACUUCCAUCGUGAUGUCGUGGUGGAAGGAGGGAGAUUUGAAAGAGCUCACGGUUGGACACGUGGUAUCCCACAAGCGUUACCGGAUAGACAAAUCGAUUCCUCAGUCCUGGACACUGGUGAUACAAAACGUAACGGAAGAGGAUGCCGGUAAUUACAUUUGUCAAAUUAACCUCUCCAAACUCAAAGAAAAGUUUUUCCAUCUAUCGGUUUUCGUACCAGAUGAACCGCUGGAUAAUCGAAGGAACCUGGAUGAUCAGUAUGUGAAAGAUGAGGCUGUGACUUACAACUUAACAGCGCCCCGCGAUGUAUGGAUCGAGGGAAAGCAAUAUGGCACUUGGGGUCAAGCGCAUCGGCUGAUGUGUUUUGCAAAAUCUCAGCAAAACGCUUUGAGUUCCAGUAUCCUAUGGUUUCACAAUAAACAGCGAAUCUACCUACCGACACUGCCUGAAAGUCAUGGUGUAAAUAAUAGAGUCUCCAAAGGCGAACCAACAAGAAAAAUGCCAUACAUCGUUUCGUCGAAAUGGUUCAAUGACACGACGUUUGUCAGCGUGUUGCAUAUUACAAAGCUUACUGACGAGCAUACUGGGCUUUGGGUUUGCAGCAAGUACUCGAGAACCUACAUGGAACCUUCAGCGGAAGCAUCAAUCUUCCUGAAAGUAAUUGCCAAAAAUAGAACGCAAGACACAAAAUAUCCCCGGUACAAAACAAACGAUCAUGGAAUACGUCCUCAGAUGAUGGCAGCUGUCCAGCUCACAAUAAUAUCUGUCGUCCUUUCACUGUACACUUAAAACAGUGUUAUUGUGUUUAUUACUUGAGAACAAUGCAGAUUCUAGAAAAGUACUUGGUUCCAUAUAACCCUCCAUGUACAAAUCAUCACCCCUGUUCAGAGACGUUUCACCAAGUGUCGCCCAGAAGCCAGUCAGAGAAUGAAUUUUUAAAUGUGGA